GUUUCGCGAAAUUUCAUGCCGCAGCAUGUGGUUUUUCGCCCGCUAGAUACACAGUGCUUUCUCGCUGCUCACGCCCCUUGUCUACUGUGCUUUCCACGCGAUAUACAGACAGCUUUUCAGGAGCUGCAGAUUAAGAUGAUUGAUACUUCCCAGCAACUGAAGAUUGCUGAUGUCCAGAUCGAGCAGCUGAGACGGCAACAGCACCAUGCCCGUUUGACAGACAGUGAACUUUCGCAACUACCUCCUAGCACAAGGGUCUACGAAGGCGUUGGUCGAAUGUUCCUUCUGCAAGAUAUUGCCAAAGUAAAGGAAACAUUAGAAGGCAGGGUCAAGGCAGCCGACGAUAAAAUCAAGAAGCUACAGAACAACAAGGCGUACCUGGAGCGAACCCUCAAGGAUAGCGAGAGUAACCUGAGGGAGAUGGUAGCACAAAAACAGGCCGCCAAGUCAUGAUGACAUGUACAUGUAGCUGCUACUGAAGCCAAAUGUCAUGGAGCUACUAUAAAGUAAACAAUUAUUGCUCAGCAACUUUAUGUCCCCUGCAGAAAUGGCUAAGAGCCACUCACAGGCAACAAACAGAGAUAACCUACACUUACCUUUACUGAGUAGCGUCAUCAAAUUGGCUUCAGGUGACUGCUUUGUAAAACUAAAAACAAAAUAACUUGUGUUGAUGUUAGAGGUAGAAUCAUAGGUCUGAGAAUGUGCCUAGCCUCAAGUCAGACUGUCCCUUGUACUGUGUGUCUUUACUGCAUAGGCUCUUUGUGUCAGAAGAGUGGAUGGCGUAGUCUAGCCUAUCUACGACAGCUACAUUGUAGUGUUGCAGACCCCCGAGUGCCUGCUCACACUGGUCCAUGCAUGUAAAAGGAUACACAACCAAUUUCUCAUUUGAAUGUUCACAAACCUGUCUGGUCUGUGCAGAGGAAAGUAGAUUGUCUUUGCAGAGGAAAAGAGUGUCUCUGCAGAGAAAGUGUCCUUCAUAUCUCUUUCAUAUCUCUCACUCUCUCUCACCAUUUGAGAGAUACUUGUGCAGAGUGUAUAUUGUACGUAUGCUUUAUUCACGUCAUCAUUAGGUCUUCUGCUCAUUGGAUAAAAAUAUUUUUCCUCAAGCUCAUGACUUGAUCAAAAUCACACAUUUACCUUGUGGAGAAUGAAAAAUGAAAUGUUAAGGACUUAAAAUAUGAUUUGUUAGCUCUUUGUAUACUUGGUAUACUUUGUACAAGAUUUGUGUAUGUGCAUGUAAUUAUAUUGUGUUAGCAAAAGCCUGUAAAACGUGUAUGAAUUGCUUUCUGUUUUGCAUCCUGUGAAUACAUGUGCUUGAAAAUAAAGUUUGAAUGCGCAUUCUAUGAAAUCCUUGUUUUAUGA